GUCAAUGUUAUGUCAAAAAUCAGUUUUAAUGAAACGCAUGCUCACGUAAGAGAAUAUAAUUAUGUUCAAUUAAAUUUCUGAUAAGAUGCGGUUAGGUUAGUGAUCGAGUUGAGAAGCACUCGUUGACAUUAUAUAGUUCCCGGAAAAUUAAAAUCCAUUUAUAAGAACAAUGGCUCUAAUGUUAACUAUAGUGUCGAUAACAGGAUCUAUCCUUUUGACACCCUUUUUGAUGCUGUUAGUGUGUAUUAUAUUUCUAGCAUCUAUCGGUAAAAGCUUAGGGGUGAGAAGAUUGUAUGUAAAAACAUUGUUGAUGAUUUUUGAGUAUGGCAGAAAAGACAUAGAAUCUUCUUUAAAGCAUAGAAAAAAGGAAUCACUGGAGGAUAUAGAUGAAGGGUAUAGUGAAGAAAUAACUUCAUCAGAAAAAUUAGUAAAUCCUCCAUUAACAAAUGGUUUUGUGAAUGGUGGAAGGAAUAAUCUAAUUAGCAGGGAUGAAGGAUUAAUUUUCGUACCCGAACCACCUACAACUAAGACUGAAGAGGCCAUUAAAGAGCACAAAGAGAAGUAUAAGGACUUCGAUCUGUCAAAUGUAUUUGAAUAUGUAAAGGCUGGAGUUGAAGCGAUAAUUGAAGAUCAAGUGACUUCAAGGUUCGAGGCCGAGGAACUGAAAAAUUGGAAUCUGUUGAUUCGCACAAAUAGGGGCUACGAAUUCAUAUCAUGGAAACUAACGUUCCUUUGGCUGGGUGGAUUUUUCAUAAGAUAUUUCUUCUUAUUUCCAUUAAGACUGAUUAUUUGCUGUUUCGGGGUAUUUUGGCUUACCUUGUGCACCGCUUUGGUUGGUUACGUGAAGCCUAGUGACUUCAAGACUAUGCUCAACAAGUACGUGUCCAUUAUGUGCUUUGGAAUAUUAUCAAGAGCUAUUUCGUCUGUUAUCACUUAUCAUAAUGAAGAAAAUAAGCCGAAGAAUGGGAUUUGUGUAGCGAAUCAUACGUCUCCCAUUGAUGUGCUUAUACUCAUGUGUGAUAAUUGUUAUUCUUUGAUAGGUCAACGCCACGGUGGCUUCUUGGGAAUAUUCCAAAGAGCAUUAGCAAGAGCCUCCCCGCAUAUCUGGUUUGAAAGAUCUGAAACUAGGGAUAGAAGUGCUGUUGCCAAUAGGUUAAGAGAACACGUGAGCAAUCCCAAAAAUCCACCUAUUCUCAUAUUCCCAGAAGGAACUUGUAUUAAUAAUACAUCAGUCAUGCAAUUUAAAAAGGGAAGUUUUGAAGUCGGCAGUGUUAUUUAUCCAGUAGCCAUAAAAUACGACCCCAGGUUUGGAGAUGCCUUUUGGAAUAGCAGCAGGUACUCAAUGGUACAGUACUUAUAUAUGAUGAUGACCAGCUGGGCCAUAGUAUGUGAUGUUUGGUAUCUGCCUCCUAUGUAUCAACGAGAAGAUGAAUCGGCUAUAAACUUUGCAAAUAGGGUGAAAAGUGUAAUUGCAAAACAAGGAGGAUUAGUAGAUUUAAUGUGGGAUGGUCAACUGAAGAGGGUAAAAGCGAAGAAAGAGUGGAAAGAGAGGCAGCAAGAAGAAUUUUCUAGAAGAUUGCAGGCUGAUUAAACAAACUAAGUCUGUUUAAAUAAUUUUACAAAUUAUAUUUAAAUUGCAUAACAACAGUUUACAUGUUACUUUUAUUCGUCAGUUUUCCUUCUUAGCCAGUCAAGGGCGGAAUUAAAGAAAUAUGAUACAUAUUACAAAAAAAAAUUAAUUACAAUUCUAGCUAUUUUUUAUUUAUUUAUGAAUGUUGACAGGAUUUUUGUUAUUAUUCUAUUCAUUUAAUUGAGAUUAUCUUUUCUAGUACUUACUGCCAAUUAAAUAACAUAACCAAUUAAUUGAAAAUCUCAUAGAUAAACCAUAUGUUAAAACAUUGUUUAACCUCUUUUGAAAAUAAUUACUAGUUGAAAUAAUAAUAUAUCACACCUUUAAAGACAAAUUGUUGUUGAACAAAAACAGGAGAGUGAAAAAUUAAAAUUAUGCACUAGUUAUGCAAAGUUUUUUGUGUUCGAACGACGAUACCUUUGUCCUAGAUAUUGCAAGAGUGUCUCUGGUUUCUGUUAAAUAGUAUGAUAGUUUAAAACAUAGAAAAAUUACAUUUAAACCUGGUUUGUCUUUAAAACGUGCGAGAUUAAAACACAACAAAACGCAGAUUUAUUUUUAUGUUAGUGAAAAUCACAGGAAUCAUAUUUAAAAGAAGGAAAAUUUCAUUAAAGAGAAAAACAUUUAAAUCUCGCAACCAUAUUUUCAAAAUUAAUUUUUAUAAUGUAAACUGGACACAUGAUUCACUACCACUUUACCAAAUCUUACAACCAUUCUCUCUGCUUUCCAUAGGUUGCUGGUUCAUAUUCAUGAUAAGUGAUUAUUGGUGACCUGGUAGUACAGUGCAUUCAGUUUCAAAAUACUAACUUAGUUACGAUGUAAGACAAUAAUUUGUGAUGUUUAUAAUAACUAACCAAGGUUGUGAUUUUAGUGUUAAUAAUACAAUAUUUUACAAUCAAUUCAAUGUAUAAUGAAAAUAAAUGGUGACUUAAUGAACUGAAUGAAGCUUCAAUUCAAUAUAAAAAUAAUAAAGUUUAUCAUUUUUCAGCAUACACAUUUUUAAUGUACGUAGCUGUAAGACAUUAUUGUGAUUGUGUUUUUUCAUUAUAUUAUUUAGUUUGUGAAUGAAAGAAAAAAUUAUAUUUACAGACAUCCUGUAUAUUUCUAUAAAAAGGUGAAUGAUCAAGGUUAAAGUAAAUGAUUGUUAGAAGUAAAAAUGGUAAUUUUCGAUCGCUUCAUGAUAUUUUUCUUACAUAUGAUUUUUCAUUUCAUACUUUUAGAUAGAUGAUUUUAUACCAAUUUCACUAAUACAAAUAAAUAAUAUAAUAGAAAAUAAGGUGAAACAAAUAAAUUGAAUUUGAACUGAAUUUUUCAAUAAAUUAUUAAGGGGAGAAAAUAAAUUGCAUGGUUGUCGAUAGACAGAAAACGUUAAAAAAUAUUUAUUAAUCUAUUACUUAGGAUAAAUAUAACUUCUAAUUACCUUUGAUUAUUUUAGAAUAUUUUAAAAAUUAUCAAAAAUGAUAACUAUGUGUUGAAAAUAAUUUUUUAAUGCAAUUGAUUAUGAAAACAAGGGCAUUCUAUGAUAAACCAUAUAAGUUUUCGACUUAUUAGAUGCGAUUUCAAGAUGCCUGGAAAAUGGAAAUAAAUGGGUAUUCCAAAAUCAACGCAAGAUUCGAAUUCAAUGAAUAUCGCUAUGUUUAGUUUUUAGAUUCUCAUAACACACCAGAUAAAUUGCAUCUGGGGCUUUGCUGACAUACAACUCUUUUGUCUAAAGUUUCCAUGACACUUUUGUGGAUAAAUUUCAUUGAUGAAAUGUUGAUAUUUUCUCCUCUAAUGCUUGGUUGUGUGAGUUUGGUGAUAUAGACAUUUGGAUCAAGAUAAUUCCAUAAAAUCUAAUGGUCUUGAAUCACGCCAUCUAAAGGGCUAAUUCUGAUUAUCAAACUCUGAGAGUAUACUACCAGGAAAUGUUUCAUGCAAUAAUUGAAUCAUUUUAUAGUUUAUAUGAUAUUUUUAUGGUGUCCAACCAUUGCAAGUCUCAGAUUAUUGAUUUUACAGGAGAGACAAUAAACGUUUUAAUUUUCAUCGAAUUUAAUUUAUUAAAUUAUUAUUAUAUAUUAAUAUUAAAAAGUUUUUAAUUAUGAAAGAAAGAUUGUUUAAAAAGUACUUAAAAUUAUAAAAUUGGUCAAAACAGUGUAAGUGCCAUUGAAUUUGCAUAUUUUUUACCAAAAUAAACAGAAAUACUGUUAUGUUUUUCUACUUUAUACGAUUUAUAUUCGUGAGGUGAAUUAAUAGACAUUGCAUCUUACAUUCUCAAUUUAUUUAAACAUUAUACAAUACACUAAUUCAUAAUAAUUCACUUAGCACUAUCACUUUAUUAACUUAAUAAUUUAUUUAAAUUCUUCGAUUACUUUGUAUUUCGUUCUGUUCACUACGACUAUUCAUUAUAAACUAAUUAUUAAAAAUUAUUAAAAUUAUUUAAAAAAAUCAUUCUAAAUAAACCGCCUGCUAUAAUAAAAACAAACAUCAAACGGAUUCCGCGGCUUAUAAAAUGUAUGUCAAAGGCUCCGUUCUCUUUUGCCGAUUGUUAGAAUUUCACUACUAGACAGGACCGGUCCAGGGUGGAGACACGUUCGUGGCAAUAUUGUUCUGAUCAUAAUUUUUUCUAAAAGUUUUGAAGUAAAGCCGCCAAAUUUUCAUUAUGUUUGAGAUUUUCACAAUAAUGAAAACAUGUCGUAUCGUCUCAUGCUUCGUUUGUACUAAUCCUAAAAUGUGAGUUGUCCUUGUUCUGGGUUGUCAAUAAUUUAUGUAAAAUAAGGCGACAAAUUCAAAUGUUACGUUAAUUUUGAGAUACCCUGCAACUUAUAAUAACAAGUAUUGUAGAUUAAACAUUUCACCAAUCAAAAAACGGAAAUUGAAAGUUUUUCUGAUAAAAAUAAUUAAGAAUAAUUUGUAGUAUAUUCACUGCAUUUUCUUCUCUUGUUUUAAUAAUAUUAAAAUAGUCACUUAAAUCCGCCCUUGAAAUUAUUAAAUCUAGUCUCCUCAUUCUAAAUAAAAUAUUUCGUGAUAUUUUGACAACAGAUUUUUUAGUAUGUACAAUGUGUAUAAUUAUUGUAUUCUAAAGUGAAAACUACUUUAAUUUAAGAAGUAGGUAUAUGUAUAUUUACAUAACUGAAGCUUGCUUUCUUGAUAUGCAAAUAUUUUUAUAAGCUGAUAAAUUAACAUAGGCAAUUAUUCUACUUGCAGAACUAUUCAUAGUUUUAUUAUUCAGGAUAUGGCACCAAAAACUAAAUAGAUUGAAUAUCUUUUGAUCAUACCUCAUACUAAGUGUUAAACGUGGUUAAAAAAUUAAUUCUAUUAGGAUUUUGACAAUGACACUAUUCUGUGGAAAUAAUAAGUUUUCCAUAUUUAAAAUAUUGAUAUUUCCAAAUAUUUUAUACACAAUCUAUUUGUUUCUCACUUAUAACUGUUCCCAUUUUUCUCGAUGUCUUUAAUUAAACUUCUUUCUAGUGACAUCUAGUGAGAGCUAAUGACGUUCCUACUAACACAUACAGUUUCCUUUCACAUUGUUCUCUUUCAAUAAGUGUACCACUACAUUGUUUAUUAUCGUUUAAUGUUGAUCUUCUAAUGUAUUGCAUUGAUUCUUAUUUUAACUAUUACAAUCAGAUUUCCUAUGAAUACAUAAUUUCUGUAACUUACAGUGCAGCCUAUUUUAUUUUAGUAAAAAAGUUGGUAAUGAUAUUAUUACAUAUAAGGUUAGUUUUAUUUUAAUACCAAUGAUUUUUUUCAUUUUGGAAUCCAUUUCUCAGUAAAUGGUAUUGUGUUUACAAAAGUUAUUCUACUGUAUUUCUGCAAAUACUCCUACAACUUACUCGAAAAAUUAACACAUAAUUCUACUAUUCAUAAAACUCUUUUUUUUCAAACCUAAUGGUAGAAAUAAUUAUUUUUGAAUAUUUUUAAAUGAAUAUGUUUUUUAGCAUAUUUAUGAACCUUAUUAAAAAUAUAGUGUAAGGUUAUCGGGUAAACGAUGGGUCACUUUUUUUAUUCCUCAUCACUCAAAAAUGAUGAAUCUGAUUGACCUCAAAUUUAGUAUCUCGAUUAAAUGAUUAUUUCUCUGAAAGAAUAAUCUUAAUGCAUUUGAUACUAAUAAUAGAGAGCGAAGUGAAUGAGAUUUUUUAAAAAUUGGUGGCUGAACAAUGGAGCACCCUAUGGUUAACAAUGGGUCUAGGUAUUUCAGAUACUAAAAUAGAAAUUAUUUAUUUAAUAAUAAGAAACAAUUCAUCCACCCUGAUGGAGAAGCGAGAAUAAGAAAACAUGGUGAUGUUUCAAUUUUCAUACGAGGAUUUAUUUUCGCACGUGGGAAGACUAAUGCAGUAGACAGUGUAACACCACCUGCACUUUUAAGGUUACAUGUAGUAACGAAGGUACUUUUUUCACCGCUGGUCACUUGUGCAUGUAUACAUACAUGUAUUCCUUCGCCUCUUUGGAGCUAAUACUCUCGAUUUUUUUUACAGUACCAGUAGCAGUUUCAUUCACAUCAUAAAUGAGAGUACCAUCUGCAAAUGCUAGACUGCGAUUGAAGACAUUUUAAAUAUUAACAAAAAAAAUAUUUUGACUUUCUUUUAUGAAUGUUGAUGCCCUUACCAAACUACAGUUUGCGGGACCAUUAAACAUUAAAGCGCAUUUUUUAUCCUCAUGUUCAGCCGUAAUAUUUUUCUAAUGGAAUAGUUGGGCGUCUGACGGUUAUAUUUUACUUCCUGCUAUACCUUUGUAAUGAAGAGAAAAGAAUGGAAUAUUUUUUUGAUAUUUGAGCCGGCCUUUAUCGCAUUAUCGCCUUCUUCAUUUACUCUUCUGAAUAAAUUCCUAUUUUUCUUACCUUUUUGCUUCUGCCCAUUCUUUGAUAAAUUAAUAAUUACAAAUGUAUUAAUGACAUCUCUUUGACAAUUAUACAGUGGAUCGUGACUCACUGAGGCUGAGGCAACAAUUUGUGUUAUUUCCAGCGAAGAAAACAUGAUUAGAGUUAGGAAAUAAAAUGGUCUGAAUAAUUGAUGUAACUAAUCAAUUAUAAACAAAGUACCAACUUACUUUUUUAAAAUAUUUUCGUGACAUCACAACAAAAGCAGAUGUAGUACGUCAACAUGUGAGAGUAGUAACGCGAGAACUGAUCGAGAGGGGAUUACAUGCGGGGGGAUGUAUGUGCUGGGAAAAGCCGCAGCGCUAGUCGUGUGAAUUUCGUGCGUGAGCCACCGUUUGCCCCGUGACCCUAUAUAAAAAACCCAACAAAGUUAUUUAUGAAUCAUAUAAAUGAAUUGCUACACUCUUUAAUAAUGUAUAUUGUCUCCUACUACCUUACUGCUUCACAUUAUUGAGGUUAAUUUAAAAUCAGGUUUCUAAUUUGUAUGGUCCCAUAUUUCGGCUAGUCUUAAUGAAUACUUACAGUUGAAGAGUAUACAACCUAUAUUGUCACACACACACGUGUUCAACGGAAUUAACGUGAGGAUCAUUGUGGGAUAAGCUGAAGUUUCAACUUCCUAGUGGUAAAUUUGUACUUCUACUCAUGUGUGGUCGUACACCCCAUAGUUUGUCUAUGAAUUUCACUUGAUUCAAUGAUUCUCGCAUUUAGAAAACGAAUUCCACUGUCGGUAUUUCUAAUCAACCCGAUUAUUCCAAUGCAUACAUGCUAAAGAUAGAGCGAUUGCCGCCCAGCUGUGUUGCCGUGGAGACUGAAACGGAACUUUCUUCACGAAUAUACCUUGUCUUGAGGUGUAAAUAGAUGUGAAAAAUUAUGUAGAGGUGACAUAUUAUUCUUAAUUAAAGAGUUUUUUCAUAUUAACAUCAGUUCAAAUUACUUAUUACAUAUUUAAUUAUAUUUAAUGACUGGGGGGAAAUUAGAAUGGUGUAUGCUUUAUAAUAGACGUUUUUGUAUCUGUAUUGGAGUUUUGCUCUAAUAGUCAUAUCAACUCACAUUGUACAUACUUAUCUUUUUUUUGAAAUCAAUGAUUGUUGGAUAAAUGUGACAAGGAGGAUUAAGUUCCUUUUUUUCUUAUAUAUCCGCAUCAAUUAUUUUUAUGACUUGUGAAUUUUUUGUAAUUUUAGGUAUAUAUUAUUCAUAAUUUUAUCGAUCAUUCAUACCUUGCGGCAACUGAUUCAUUAUGUUUUUGUAAUUGUAGAAAUUUGUAUUUUAUUAAUAAUUAUUUAUGUUUAAAUUUGUUAUAUAUGAACAACUACUAGUCAUUUGUUACCAAUAAUCACAAAUGCAAAUUGUAUACAAAACAAGGAAUCAAAAGUCACAAGAUAAUUUCUGAUCUACUCAUAAUUUAUUGAUAUAGAAUCCUGCACUUAGAUGCUGAGAAAUGGAUUUGUGAUUACUAUGAGAAUAACACUUUAGUCAUUGAUAAUUAGAAAAUACGUAGGUUUUUGAUUGCUCAAAUAUACCUAUGUGAAAAACUAUUUCAACACAAUGUGUUAUUUGGAAGUUUUAUGAUAAAUAAUGGUCUUCUCACAACAUUAGUGCUGGAUUGUGCAUUUUGUAAGUUUCGUCUCUCAUCUACCACUUUAUAAUAAGUAGUCAUCUGCAAAUAUAUAUAUAUAUUUUCAUGAUAUUUGUCAAUGUUUAUAAAAAUUCAUGUGGUGUUGAGCUCAUAUUUAUUGUCAGUCUUCAAAAUCACUGGUGCUUUUGUCUUGUAAAUAUUUUGAUACUUCUGAUAUUUACCGUAUACUACACAAUUAGAGAAAAUAUGGAGUAAUAGAAAAAUUCACUAUUGCUGACUGUUAUUGAUUGAAAUUAACCGAGAAGAAAAUUUUUUAUUAUUUGUCGGACAUCCCUACCAACUGCGCCAAUUAUUUUACGUCGACUUAUUUUUGAAAACAGCGAAAUAAUAUUUAUUGAAAUAAUGGUAAAGGAAAUUGAACAUUCACUAUUCGUGGAAAACCAUGCCCACAUUUGCAUUUGUUAUCUUCCAUAUACAUAUCAAGAAGAAAUCAUUUAACUAUUUACUACCUAUUAAUACAUACCAGUAAAAUGUAUUAGGUUAUUUUUCACCAAAUAAUUCAUAAAAGCCCAAUUUUCCCGAAUUGAUUACCUUUUUCUGUAGUAUGAGCAAAAGUGAAAUGAAAUCGGAUUUUCAGUUCACAUUAAGAUAAAAAGAGAUGCUUCUAUGCAGUAGAAAAUAAUCACAACUCAUAUCAUGUAAUAGUUCUACAUAAAACAUUAUAUUAUAAUUUUUGUAUUUGUAUACCAAAUAUCUAGAAAAUAUAUAUCUAAUCUACAUAUGGUCAUUUCUUAUUUAGGAGAUAAAAUUUUCACUCAAAUAACAAAAGACAUGGAUAUUAUAUAAUAUACAUUUCAACGAAUGAGAAAGGCGGAGGAAAAAUGAAAAAGCAUAGGCUAAUGAAAAUUAAAACUGAUGAAGGCAUUUAUUUUGUAUUAUUUGGAUGUGGCACGAGUCUUUUUUUAGCAAAUAGUCUCCUUACAAUAAUUUUUUUAUAACUGGGCUUUUAGUAUUUAUUAUUAAAAUGUAUAUAAGAUAAUUCUUUCUAGUUUUGUAUUGUGUAUAAUAAAAUUUUGUCAAACUGCAA